AUGUGGCGAGCGGCGGCCGCGGAGGCGCGGCGGCUGCUGCGGGCUGUCCCUGCCGCGGCGGGGGCCGCCCUCCGGACGGGGCCGCCUCCCUGGGGGGCCGGGGCGCCCCGCGGGGUCUACGCGGCGGCGCGGAGCGCGGAAGGCGGCGGAGCUGGAGCGCCAGGAGCGGCGGCGGAGCGGCGCCAGGCGGCAGAUGCCAUUCUUCCAAAGUUCAACAUUGACUUUGUUGUAGCUCUGCUGAGGCAAGAAAACGCUAAAGACAUAUGUGUCAUCCAGCUGCCUCCUGAAAAAAAAUACUGUGAUUAUUUUGUAGUUGUGAGUGGAUUUUCAACGCGACAUCUCCAUGCAAUGGCACAUUACAUGCUGAAAAUGUACAAGCAUCACAAAGAAGAAAGUAGUCCUCAUGCUCAGAUUGAAGGCAAAGAGACAGAUGACUGGCUGUGCAUCGAUUUUGGUAGCAUAGUGGUGCAUUUCAUGCUGCCAGAGACACGGGAGACUUAUGAAUUGGAGAAGCUAUGGACUCUUGGUUCCUAUGAUGACCAGUUAGCACAGAUGACUCGGCAGUCACUGCCAGAAGACUUCAUACUGAAACUGUCUCCUAACAGCAGUGAUCAUCUUGAGACAGGAACUUAAUGCAGCUGCUGAAAGGAGUGUGCCUUCACAGAUCUGAGAAUGCACAGUCUCAAUUACUGACAAGUCACAACAGGUGUUCCGUGCAAAACAGCAUAUUCAGCAGGUAAAGUUCUGCUGAACAAGGUACAAAAACUAUCAGAAUUAUUGAAUCAUUAAGGUUGGAAAAGACCUACAGAUUAAGUCCAACCAUAAAGUGUCAAAGAAAGAAUUGCAGCAUAAGGGAACUUGCUAGGGGGAUCACUGACUCAAGGGAGUUUGCAGUGAGAAGAGUGGAACAAAGACAGCUACUUAAGCUUCUUACCCUGGAAACUCAUGCUUAGCCUCUACAGUAGUUGUUUUUCUAGUAUCUGUGGGAGACCUGCUUGUAGUGGCAGUGCAAAAGCAAUGUGAGUGCUGCAAGGAAAAAUUAAGUGAGAUAGUAUAGUUUAGAUGGAGCUUCGUGUAUGUAGACUGUUGAUUCUGGUCACAAUCAAGCAAGUCAUGUUCUCAGGUGAAGAAAACAGACUAGUGUGUUAGUUACUAAGCAUAUAAAAGCCCAGAGCAGCGGUUACAAAUACUGUUCUGUUAACUGAAGACACAUUUCAGUUUUCCAGCCAAGGCCAAUCUGGUCUUAAUAAUAAUAAAAAAACCCAAUACCCUGAA